AUGGCUGUUACUGAUCAACAAGAUGCGACUCCUACUAGUACGAGUGUCGCGGUGCCUCCGAGCGUGGGAAUUGAUCCAAGUGAUCCUCUGUAUCUGCAUCCAUCCGAUAAUCCUGGUGCGCUGCUUGUGUCUGUCCUAUUUGAUGGGAUAGGGUAUAGAUCCUGGAGAUGUAGUGUUCUUCGUGGAUUGCCCGUAAAGAACAAAUUAGGCUUUAUGAGUGGGGAAUGCAAACAACCAAAUCCACAAUCCCCAACUUAUCGGCAGUGGGAACGAUGUGACAACAUGGUAACUUCAUGGAUUCUGAAUUCUCUCUCCAAAGAGAUUGCAGAUAGUGUGGAAUAUGCGAGUGAUGUUGUUGAGUUGUGGAAGGAGCUGGAGGAUCGCUACGAACAAACCAAUGGAGCUAGGCUGUAUCAAAUUCAGAAAGAAAUCAAUAAUCUCUCUCAAGGAGCACUUGACAUCGCUAGCUAUUAUACUAAGAUGAAAAAGCUAUAG